UUAAAAGACGAUAAACUUUUUACAUCAAACAAAACAUGUGAGAAUAAAAUAACCGAAGGCAAUUGGAAAUUCCGCGCCAACAGAAACUUGUUUUUAGUGUCUUUAUUACAAUAUCAAUAUAACGUGCAAGAUGUUUGUGAGGAAUAAAUUGUUUAUCAAAGACCUUUAGAUAAUGCGUUCCAAAAAUUAAUGUAGCGAAGUUUAAGAGAAAAUUUAGAAUUCGUAAAAUGAUUAGAAGCGGUAUAGUUUUUAUUACUUUUUGGACAGUUUUAGUGUCAAGGUCUUCGUCAGUUUAUAUUUACGAUAAAUACACAAUCGGAAAUUUGACAAGAUUCAAAAGACAAUCAGGAUGUACAGGAUCGUUUGAAUUCCAAUGUAGAUCAGGAGAGUGUAUCAGUGACGAUUAUUAUUGUGACGGAAAAGAAAAUUGCAGGGAUGGUUCAGAUGAAACUGAAGACUGCAAACAAAUUGCAUGCUUACCACAUUUCUUUAGAUGCGAAUACGGCGCUUGUAUAAAUGGAGAUUUCGAGUGCGAUGGGAAAACCGAUUGUAAGGAUAAUUCUGACGAAACUUCCCCCAAAUGUUUAAAAGUUUCACAGUGUGGGCCUAACAAAUUUCGCUGCAAUUCGGGUCAAUGCAUCAGUGAUUAUAACAGAUGCGAUGGAAAACCAGAUUGUUAUGAUAAAUCAGAUGAAACAUCUGAGGUCUGCAGAGAAUUAAACUGUCCCGGAUUUACCUUCAAAUGUGCAUAUGGUGCUUGCGUAGCUUUUACGUCAAAAUGUAAUGGUCGACGGGAUUGUGCCGAUGGUUCGGAUGAACAAGGUUGUAAAACUGUAGCAACCACAGUGACAAUACCUAAAGUCACCACUACUACAACCAAAAAGCCACCUAUAAUUGUCAAAGAUGGUUGUGUUCUCCCAGAUGUACCAUCAAAUGGUGGUUAUAAUGUCAGCGGCUUAUCAAGAUUUUCUGUUGGCGAUGUUGUAGGACACCUUACAAUUCUUCAAUAUUACUGUAACAGUGGUUACCAAUUAUAUCCAAACAGACUGUAUAUUGUCUGUAUGACGAAUGAUAGGUGGGAUAAAGAAUUUCCGGAUUGCAUGCGGAGAUGUCCUUCAUUAGCCCCUACAGAAUCUACAGAAGUUGUAUGCUCGUUGGGAAAUGACUCUAGCAAGAAAAUGUGUGAAAACCCCAUAGAAGGGACAAUCGCCACAUUUAAUUGUAGAGAAUUUUAUGAAAGAACGGAUUAUUUAAUCAAGACUACUAAAUGUCAAGGCGGCAGUUGGAAUAGUUAUUCGAUAGAAUGCACUCCAGCGUGUGGAAAAAGAGGAGGAAUUGGACAAACAAAUGUAGUGGGUGGAAAUAUAGCCCUCAAACACGACUUCCCUUGGCAUGUGGGAAUUUAUUUAUCAAGUGAUAAAACUCAUAUUUGCGGUGGAUCGAUUAUUUCAAGCAAGUUUAUUGUAACAGCUGCACAUUGUCUAACCAACUUGGAGACCGGAGAUUUAAAACCGACAUCAGAAUUUUUAGUCAAAGUAGGAAAACAUUAUAGAGAGUACGACGACCCCAGAGAUUCAAAAUACACUCAAAACACAAUUAUAAAAAGUAUUUCUAAACACAGAAGUUACAGAGGUCAAACCCAAAAUCACCAAGCUGAUCUAGCCAUUAUAGAACUCCAAGAACCGCUUAAAUGGACAAAGUACGUCCAACCUAUUUGCAUAAAUUGGGACCCAAAGUAUGGAAACAACGACUUAGGCAGUGACAGUGGACUUGUUGUGGGUUGGGGUUUCACAGCGGAAACCGGAGCGCCAGCCGAUGAGCUUAAAGUUUUAGAAGUUCCGCAUAUUAAUUUUGAAAAGUGUUAUGCAUCAGUACCCGAUCAAUUCAAACCUUUCGUUACCCCCGACAAAAUUUGUGCAGGUUUUCAAAAAAAUGGUCAAAGUGUAUGUAAUGGAGAUAGUGGAGGAGGGCUAGUUUUCAAAAAACAGUAUGGUUAUUUUGGUCUACGUUACAUACUAAGAGGUAUUGUUAGUGUUUCUCCGAAGUCCAACGUUACAAACGGUUGCGAUUCGAAUAGCUUCGCCGGUUACACAGACUUAACAGUAGAGGAAUAUAUAAGAUACAUAAUAAUAACGAUUUCAUGAUAAUAAAUGACUGUUAACACUUUU